GGCCAGCGGGGGAGGAGGAGGAUUAGUGAUGUGACUGUUGCCUGGCUUUCUCCGCAGGAGGAGGCGAGGGCGUCUGCACAGGGCGGCGUGAAAGAUGCACCAGGCAACAAGUGCCCACCUUGCCCCCAGAGCGCUCUGCACACAAACGUCUCUCUCAGUCCCCCCGGCCCCAAGGGGGGCAAAGGAGAACGAGGAUUCCCGGGGACCUCCGGCUUGAAGGGGGAGAAAGGCGACCGCGGCGCGGACUGCACCCGGAGCUCCCCCGACGGCCCCUUGCAGUGCGCUGAGGGGCCGAAAGGGGAGAAGGGGGAGCGAGGAGACCUGGGCCCAGCAGGAGCGACCGGUGUGGAUGGGCGGAAGGGGCAGAAAGGCGAGAAGGGAGAUGGAGGAGUCCAGGGGAAUCCCGGGAUGCCAGGGCGCGACGGCCGGCCUGGAGAGAUAUGUGUGGUGGGACCGAAGGGGCAGAAGGGUGACCCAGGGCUCGUUGGACCUGAGGGGCUGGCCGGUGAACCAGGCCCCCCGGGGCUACCAGGUCCUCCAGGGAUAGGACUUCCCGGGAAAAAGGGUAACUCCGGAUCUCCUGGGCCCGGUGGUUCAGGGGGGAACGAUGGAGGGGGCCGAGGGGCUCAGCGCGGGGCGGGCCUGGGCAAGCCCGGUGUGCCAGGCCUGAAAGGAGACAAGGGGGACCCGUGUGAAGUUUGCCCCACCAUCCCCGCGGGGAUGGCCAAUGCUGUCGGCCUCCCCGGGAAGCCGGGGCCCAAAGGAGAGCCCGGAGCGCCGGGGAAAGGGGAGCUCUCGGACAAGGCAGGGCUCCCUGGACCCAAAGGCGACAGGGGUGACCCUGGCAUCAAUGGAAUAAAAGGAGAGAAGGGUGCCCCCUGCGUGUCGUGCAGUCCUGCCGUACUCGCCUCCAUGCUGCAGAGCUCCGACAAGCUCCCAGGGAUGGAGGGGCCCAAGGGGGAGCCGGGUUCCCCGGGGAUCGGGCUCCCUGGGCUGCCGGGGAAAGCCGGGAGCCCCGGGCUGGCCGGAGCCAAGGGGGAGCAGGGAGACGUCGGAAAGAUGGGACCGGCUGGCAAACCUGGAACUCCGGGCGGCAGAGGGGACCCUGGCCUGGCAGGAUUGAAAGGAGAGAAGGGAGAGUCCUGUGGCCAGUGCCUUGCUCCUCCAGAGGCCCUGGAAGGGGAACCGGUUGUGGUGUCGGUGCCCGGUGCUCCGGGGGAGAAGGGCGAACCAGGCCUACCCGGCAUUGGGACCCCGGGCCGAGCGGGCAAACCCGGGGAGCCCGGCCUGAAGGGACAGAAGGGCGAUGCAGGAAACACGGGCGACCCUGGCACACCGGGCCCAGUGGGGCUGCCAGGCCUUUCGGGGGACCCCGGCAUCAAGGGGCCGGCAGGGCCCAAGGGUGAAAAGGGAGAUGCCUGUGACGUCUGCCCCACCCUCCAGGGGGAGUUCUUGGAUGUUGUCGGCGUGCCAGGAAAACCCGGAGCCAAAGGGGACCGUGGCCCGCCGGGCGCGGGCCAGCCAGGGAGCCCCGGGAACCCUGGACUCCCUGGGAUUCAGGGGCCGCCUGGUCUGAAGGGGCUGCAGGGCGAGCCAGGGCCCCCGGGGACCGGCGCCCAGGGUCUGCAGGUGAGUCUCAGCACUUCCAUCAAGUAUCACAGACUUUACAGAGACCUAGACAAUGAAAUUACUUCACCCAAGAUUCAUUCAAACGUGCCUGUGGCCUUUGAUCUCCGACCCCCAGCCAUAGGACAACCUGGACCUCGAGGGCCAGCAGGCACCGUGGGAGAGAAAGGUGCCAAGGGAUCCUCCGGGCUUAAAGGGGCCGAGGGUCCUCCCGGACCUGCGGGCAGGAGCAUCACCGGGCCACCGGUAAGUACCCCCGUUCCUGCUGCAGGGCGGGGCCCCAUUCGCGCCGUGGUUUCAGGGAGGACUGGAGGUUUGGGAAGAGGAGACAGGCCAAUAGCAGAUGCUUUCCUGAAUGUGGGGGUUUGUGCCAAGAGCAGGUGUGCCCCAGAUGCUCACACCAACACAGACUUGUUUGCACAAGUGCUGGUGAACAGUGAGGGCGAGAAGGGGACCCGGGGUGAGAAGGGCAUCCCAGGACACAAUGGUUUGCCAGGACUGCCUGGGCCAGCAGGAGAUGUGGGGCCGCUCGCUGUCGUCGCGGAGCGGAACAUCGAGGUGCUCAAGAACAUCUGCGGGGACUGUGCCCAGGUGCAGCCCAGCUCCCACACGCCCAGCGGAGUCAAAGGGGAGAAGGGCGACCAGGGCAUGCCCGGUGUCCCCGGCAUAGACAACUGCGCGCGGUGCUUUGCUCAGUUCCCGAGAGCGGAGGAGCCCCGGGGCGACCAAGCAGAGAGCAACGGUGACUGUGCCGGAGGGCCUGGGCUGCCGGGGAUCCCAGGCUUACCCGGAGAGAGAGGGGAGCAGGGCCCACCAGGGUCGAGGGGAUCCCCAGGCCCCACCGGACCAGCGGGCCCUCCAGGUUUUCCUGGAACGCCUGGCGCACCCGGAUUGCCUGUAAGAACCCAGCACGGCACGUGCUCUGUGCGGUCCUUUGUCGCUCAUGCUUGUUUGGUUUUGUCUGCCUCCAUUACUCUCCUCUGGGCGCUGCACCCGGUCACCCAGCCAGGCCCUGCGCACACCGAUUCCCUGCGUGAGAGAGGGCACCUGGAUUGUGUGGUUUUUUCCUCCCAUCACCCCUACGUCAUUCAUGUCCUAAUCUCCUAUCUGGCAUCUCCCGCUACUGUCACCGUAACCCCACGGUCUGUGUGUGUCAUUGCUACGCAGUGUUCACCUCCUCGCUGGUGUGUUCAGUGCCUCGGCAGCAUCACCUUCCACCACGGCCCCCCCGGUUCCGAUGGCAUCCCAGGCCCCACGGGGCCAGCGGGUCCGAGAGGAGAGCGCGGAGCCCAGGGCAACUCCGGGGAGAAAGGAGACCAGCAUCCAAGGAAGUGA